AGCACCUGGUGCGACAGGGUCCCUGAGGUUGGUUGGUGCUACUGUAAUACAUGUAGCAGAGGUGCAGCCCCCCCGGCAGUGUUUGGGCCCCCAUCAGAAUCAGAAGUGGAGGUUUUUCCAUUGUGGCUGGUGGCUCAUUUCCUAAAGCUGGGUUAAUCCUGGUGCAUCCGUCCCAGCUCUGCCACUUCCCCAUCGCUGGCCGCGCGGCUGCCCAGCAUGGCCGUGACUCUGCCAGUCCUGCUCCUGACUGUCGCCCUGCCGAAGCCGUCCCUCGUCUGGGACCGGGCCGCAGGUGCUGAGGGGGGGAUCCGGCUGCGCUGCUCCGCCCCAGGGCCGCUUGGGGAAGGCUGGUUCACCCUGCACCGGGACGGCACACCGGACCCUGUGGCUGAGGAGCAGGCCCCGGCGCAGGGCUUGGAGGUGACAUUUCUGCUGCCCAGCAUGGGCCCUGGCGAGCGGUACCGCUGUGGCUACUGGAACCGGGAUGUGGCUGGGGGGCGGGUGGAGUCCCCGCUCAGCGACCCUGCCAACAUCACCAGUGGCCCAGAUCGCUACCCCAAGCCGUCCAUCGCCGUCAGCCCUGGCCCAGAGGUUUUGGCCGGCCAGACCUGGACGAUCCGGUGCUGGGCUCCGUAUGCAGGGAUGAGCUUUGUGCUGUACCGGGCGCGGGAGUUCUGGACUGAGCGGGCGCCUCGCGGAGACCCCCCCACGGCCGAGUUCCACCUGGGCAAUGCCAGCGCCGCCAGCAUGGGGAGAUACACCUGCUACUAUCACACCACCAACGAGCCCUUCAUCUGGUCCAAUGCCAGCAACCCUCUGGAGCUCAGAGUCACAGACGUUCCCAGCACCCGGGAGCGGUUCGUGGACGUGGGCGGGAAGCUCCGGGUGAAUUGCUCCAUCCCCGAUGCCCCGGGCGGCUGGUUCUUCCUGUACCGAGAUGGGGAUCCCGAGCCCCUGGCCUGGAUCGCAGCCAAUGAGGACAACGGGCCGGCCGGCUUUGAUCUCCCGGAGGAGCAGGCCCUGGGCCCCGGCGAGGCCUUCAGCUGCCGCUAUGGGCUGGAGGUACUGGGCACCCGUUUCGACCUGGCUCUCAAUGACACGGAGGUGCGGACCCAAGACUCGCGUUCUGGGGGCACCGAUUACAGCCAGACCAACGCACUGCGGCUGGGCCUGGGGGCUGCCGUCCUGCUGCUGGCGCUGCUCUUUGUAGCCCAGGCCUGCUGGGAGGAAAGCCACCUGCAAAGCGACCACCAGGGCUCAUCACCCAGCCCAGAGCCAAGCCUCUCAAACCCCCAGAGCUUCCUGCUCCCUUGCCCCCCAAAUCUCCCCACCCCAGGGCAAAGCUGUGAUAACGAAGCCUCCAAAUGUUCCCUCAUGGUGGAUUCAGCCAAUGAAGGCUGCUGGCUGGCCAGGCACAGUGGGGUGUGGGGAGGGCGUGAAUACCACAAACCCACCAUCUGGGUGAGCCCCAGCAGGGUGGUGGCGCUCGGGGGAAGCGUCACCAUCCGCUGUGAGGGUCAGUACCCAGGCAUGGAGUUCGUUCUGCGUAAACCUGGACACCCGAACCUGCAGGUGCAGUCGGUGCGUGAUGGGACCGUGGCUGAAUUUCCCAUCCCCAGACUCAGCCGGGAAGAUGGAGGGAGCUACACCUGCGAAUAUCACUCCAUAACGGAUCAGAGUCGCUGGUCGUAUCUCAGUGACCCCGUCGAGAUCAUUGUAGGAGAGCCCAGCUACCCCAAACCCAGCAUCUCCCUGAGCCCCAGCGGGGGGGUCUCCCUGGGGGGAGCCGUGAGUGUCCGGUGUCGGGGGCAGUACCUGGGCAAGCGGUUCGUGCUGAAUAAAGAGGGACGCCAUGUCCGAACUGUGGAUUCGGACGGGUUUGAGGCUGAGUUUCUCCUCAGCCGCGUGAGCCGGGAGGACGGUGGGAGCUACAGCUGCUCCUAUCACAGCAAAUCAGAGCCGUUCGCUGAGUCGUACCCCAGCGACCCCGUGGAGUUGGUGGUGAGAGAUCCCAGCUUACCCAGACCCUCCAUCUCUCUGAGCCCCACUGGGGUCACCGUCCCAGGGGCAGACGUCACCAUCCGGUGUCAGGGGCAGCACCAGGAUGUGAGGUUCUUCCUGCACAAGGCUGGAGACCUGAACCCGCAACAACACAUGGACCCUGCUGGGGUCGGGGCCGAGUUCCUCAUCCCCACCGUGGGCCAGCAGCACGGAGGGAACUACAGCUGCAGCUACCGGCCCUGGUCAGAACCCUUCGUCUCGUCAUACGUCAGCAGCUCUGUGGAGCUGGUGGUAGCAGGGGAAACUGACCUGACCCAGCCUGGAGCAGCGCCAGCUCCCACCCACCCAGGCAGCACGGGGCCAGGCAGAUCAGAAUCGACGGCACCUCCAGGUCUGACCAGCCCCAUCAUCACUGGGGCAAGUGCAGCAGCCGCCGCCGUCCUCCUCCUCCUCCUCCUCCUCAUGGCCUUCGUCUGCUUUAGAAGGACCCAAGCCAGAAAAGGAUCCUCACCGAGACCAAGCAGCCCCUUGGGGGUGUUGAAGGCCCCAGCUCAGCAAGACCCCGUUUAUGCCUCCGUUGACAACGGGAAAGAGCCACAGACCCUGGAGCCCGACCCCGAUGCUGACGGACUCACCUACGCCGAGCUGGAUGGCCAGGCGCUGCAGGCCAAGCGGGGGGGCCUGGCCCCUGCCCCCGAGCCUGCCCAGCCCAGCGUGUACGCUGCAAUCAACGUGAGCCGAGGAGCCCCGCAGUGAGAGCCCCCCGCAGCCACGGGGCGCUGGUCCCCAGAGGCAACAGACUCGCAGACUUUAAGGCCAGAAGGGUCCAUCGUGAUCAUCUGGUCUAAGCUGCUGCACAUCACAGGCCACAGAGCCUCACCCACCCACUCCUGUAGCAGACCCCCAGUGUCCGGCUGAGUCACUGACGGCCUCAAAUCAUGGGUUAGAGCAGGGGUCUCCAAACUUUAUGAGACGAGGACCAUAUUAGAUUUUUUAAGGGGCUCCGUGGGCCAAAGCGACUGUGAAAGAAAUUAAAUAUAUGCAAAUAUAUCCAAACUCAUUAAAAAACAACACUACUGUGUCCGUGUUGCAUUAAAUUCUAAAUUAGGUAUAAAAGUUAAUUGAUGCAAGUACUGUGAAAAUCACACAAAAUGUUUGUCAAUACAUUAAAAGUCAUUUCAUAUUUCUUUUAAAAUGUUAUUUCUAAAAAGUCACACAUUUGGAUCAUACAAAUACUGUUUGGUUCUAUUAGUGCUGUAGUUAAAAUUUAACCAUUAUGAAUUUGUUAAUUUCCAUCUUCUUUACUCCAUUUAUUGGAGAUAUAAUUAAGCAUCUGGCUUGUAUUUUCACUCUAAGGCAGGGGUCUGUGCCUGCUUGGCUGCAGCAACAACUCUCCCCUAGGUUGGCUUCCCUUUUGGGGGGACACUGGCUCCCAGAGGCACUCACCCUUCUGCACAGCUCAGCUGUGCUGCCGCCUCCCCCGAGUUGCUGCUGGCAGCCCCUCCCCGUGCCUGCUCGACGUGCCUACUUAGAUGUUCACGUCUCCCCUGUUGUUUGGAGGGCCGUACAAAUGGAAACCCCGUGCCAGAUCCGGCCUGUGGCCAUAGUUUGGAGACCCCUGGGUUAGAGACUUCACAGAGAAUCCACUAUUGACACUAGUUUAAACCUGCUAGUGCCCUGCGCUGCAGACGAAGGUGAAUCCUGCCAGGGUCUCUGCCAAUCUGACCUGGUGGGAAAUUCCUUCUGACCCCAAAUAUGGUGACCAGUUAGACCCUGAGCAUGUGGGCAAGACCCACAAGCCAGAGACCUGGGGACGGAUUCUCUGUAGUAACUCUGUAGUAACUCAGAGCCCUCCCUAGCAAGUGUCCCGGCAACCGGCAAA